GCACAUCUCAAUACCGCAUUGUUGAGUCCGCAAUGCCUGUACCUGACGCACCAGCCGACGGAGCUGGCGACAGCGAGUAUAUAUCUUGCGGCAAGGGAGACGGGGAUUAAGAUGCCGGAGUGUGAGUGGUGGGAGGUGUUUGAUACGGAUAGAGAGGUACUGGGUUUCCUGUGCGUGGGGCUGUUGAGUUUGGAGGGCUGGGUGAAUGAGGAGCGGAAGAGGUGGGAGGGACGAAGGGUUCCGAUGAGUGUAGAGGGAGUGGAGAGGGAGGUUAGGUGGAGGAAGGAGGAGGAGGCUGACACUUGAAAGACCCAGCACCGUUCGCUCUUACCUUGGACCUCAUGAGAUCUCCGCCAUGACAUUACAGACCUCGCAUCGAUCCUCUACACGACUCUUGAACAUGCGUGACGAACCUCAGAAUCAUAAACUGUUCGCGAUGUUGCGCAAACUUCUGGAAAACAUAAUAUCUUCACGAUGUUUCUUGUACGCAAACAACGUGUCGAUUCGAAGAGCAAGGCGAUCAUACGGAGCAUUGCGAUAUAUUCCCCUUACUACGAUCGACGAACAUUCGUAUCAUAUCGACAUGGCAUCGAGAGAAACACCACUUCAGAGGAACGUGUCGCCGGUUGCAGAUUUUCUGAGGGGGAAUAGUGACCGCGAUAUUGAAGUGCGAUAUGAUUGGUUCGUGAAUGAUAAUGGGUAUGAGCAGCGCAUUGCCAAUCUACCGUCAAGUUCGGGCAGCCAACAAAAAGGGUCUUCACAUGUGGAAGCUGAAAAGCAUCGAAGUGCCCCUGCACGGCUGGAGAAAACACAUGAGGGCUUUAGCAUCGAUAAAACUACGGACACCAGCAUGGACGCCACAAUCGACAGCAUUGAGAACCAUGACUCCGUUCUUGGUCCUCGCAGCAACCCCGUCAGAGUGAGUCGCAAAGCUGCCGUGAAGCGGAAUAGCACGAAAGAGAAGAAGAAAGAGGCUGAGAGACACGACGGCACGGUGCAGAGCACCCAUGUCCGUGCGAAGACUUCUUCGAACGCUCUAGUUAUCCGAAUCACUGCGAGCACGCCACCAGUUUUACGCCGCUUUAUCUUUGAUCAAACACCCAAUGAGCUUUCGUUUAACCUCGCCAAACUCUCAAAUUCGCCAGAUUUCGAAGAUGUUCCGCUAACUCCUGUGGCCGGUCGUGAGCUGGGACACAGCGCGACAUCGGUUCUGGAUACACAUCAGCACAUACGAGAGUCCACUAGUGAGGAACGAGAAAAACCGUUGAAACUUUGGGAUAUGAAGAAAGAGCAACGCCGGGUCCCGACGACAUUUAAUCAGAUAUUGGGAGAGAAGAAGACUCCUACCGCACUGUUGUAAGUGUCGUGGAACAAGAUUGAAUGCCAAAGCUAGAUCGUCCGGUACUGGCAAACAUCAUCUCGCGCAGAGCCGGACACAUCAUCCCGAAAUCAGGAGCACGCUGUCCAUCAACACGUGCUCGAAUUCAAACGCAAUUUCACAACGCAAUCGCUUGCUACAAUGUACAUCCUCACCUCAUGUUUCUUCAUUACUGUCGCAA